GCUUCUUCCGCAUUCUGAUGUCUCACGCACUUCUCCAUAUGAAAGGAAGAACAAAAUAGCUUGUUUCACUCGGUGUCUCAAGCAUGUCUUUGCUACACUGUGGAUUAAGCAGCGAAAAAGCAACAAAAACAGAUGAUUUAAAAUUUAAGAACUGAUCAGCUGCCACGAUGAAAAGUCUGUACUUGCUGAACAUUGGACUGUUCUUUUUCUCUUCUUGUUUAUGCCUGAAAGAAAGGAAAUGUAACAACGCUAGCCUGUCAACAGGAGCCUGCCAAGGCAAUGAUCCACCCCCAAUAAAGACUUUCCAUGGUUCUCCGCAAGGCACCUAUGAGAUGAUACCAUCUUCUGCCAUAGAAGGGGCAAAAAAGAUAAAUCACAACAAAGGCAGUAUGUGCUCUGCAGAGACAUCCAACGCUUCAGCGCUGAAAGUAAACAACAUCACAAUGGAAUACCUCACUAGCUCUCUAAGCAAGAAGCUGAUACCUGCUAUAUACAUAGCUGUUGUUUUAAUUGGAGUACCAUCAAAUGCCAUCACUCUAUGGAUGUUGUUCUUUAGAAUAAGAUCAGUCCGUACUGCCAUAUUCUAUACAAACCUGGCCAUUUCAGACUUUCUCUUCUGUAUCACACUGCCAUUCAGAAUUACAUACCACCUCAAUGGAAACAACUGGAUAUUUGGAGAAGCAAUGUGCCGAAUUAUGACUGCUAUCUUCUAUGGCAAUCUGUAUUGUUCCACUCUGCUUCUCACCUGUAUCAGCCUCAGUCGUUACGUGGCCAUUGUUCAUCCAUUCACUUACCGGAAUCUGCCUAAGCGACUUCUUUCAACACUAACGUGUGGGAUACUAUGGACAGUUGUUUUCUUAUACAUGUUGCCUCUGAUCACAACAAAGCAAACCUAUUAUCUGGAUCAGCUAAAUAUUAUUACUUGCCAUGAUGUAUAUAACACCUGUGAAGCUCUGUCACACCUUCAACAUUAUUACUUUAUCUGUCUGGCAAUAGGUGGAUUCAUGAUUCCUCUCUGUAUUGUUAUUUUUUGCUAUGUUUCAAUUAUCCGAACACUCAAAGCUUACAAUAUGAAGUGGUUCUGGCACAUCAAAGUCAGUCUGCUUAUCCUCAGCAUUUUUGCUAUUUGCUAUACUCCUAGCAAUGUCCUAUUGUUUGCCCACCAUAUGAAUUACUACUAUAAUUCUAAAGACAGUUUGUAUGUUUUUUACCUUAUUACUUUAUGUCUAAGUAGUCUAAAUAGCUGUCUUGAUCCAUUCCUUUACUUCCUGAUGUCAAAAAUCAACAACAACAACAAUAGCACUGUUUAUCUCAACACAGUUAAAACAGUCAGGGCAGAGCAAACAUGACACGCUACUCUUUUGUGAUAUCUGACAAAACUGUACAUAUGUACUUUUUUCAUUGUGAUUUAUUUAAUGUAUUUAUUUUUAUAAUUGCAAAACUUAGCAGUAGUGUGGUCCAAAUAAAACAUCUUAUCUCACUGUAAUAAUUGUACCUAUCCAUAAGCAAAUAGGGUUUUCCCUUCGUGCAACAAAUACAGCAAGAAAAACUACUA